AUGCAAUUCCUAACUCGAGCUCUCUUCGCGACCGCGGCUUUGGCAACCGGGUAAUUUCCCUAAAACAAAUGGACUGGAUAUCGAACUUGACUGACGUCUAUCAUUAGUGUUCUCUCAAACAUGCACAGUGCGGCAAUUUGCACAAACAUCAACACUCGCGAUCCAAGAGGAGUAGAAGUAAGUCUCCCAAUGCAACCUAGCAUAAUCCAACCUCAAUAGAAUAUAACUAACACGCCAUCAUAGCAAAUCUUUGAUAAAAAUGCCACCGUAUUGGCCUGCGCAGAAUACAAAGUACGAAGAACCGGUGUUGAAAAAUUCGAUACAUGCCCCGAUUGCACAUUCCUCGACACUCCUGACACCCAAUUUUGCGAAAGCAAAGAAGAGCACAUCGGUGGCAAUGAGGUAAAUAUUUCUUCUCUCAAUUCCAAGCACCCAGUCAAGAGAGGGUGCAGCUUGGAUACUCCCGUUACUUCAAAGAUGGCCACUAAUUGUGAUUGUUCAAUAGUUCAAAGGCUACUGCCAGGCAUUCGGUGCUGAAGGGUCACGAGCUGCUUCAUAA